GUCUUUAUACCAAUAGGUUUAUAAAUCAUGUCUUCUAAAAUAGAGAGUGCUUUUUCAAAGCCUGCCUUAAAGUUUAGAUCUUUCUUAGAUCGUUUUCCUAAUAUUUACAAUGUUUACGUUAUUGCUAUGUUUUCCACCAUCGCUGGUAUGAUGUUUGGUUUCGAUAUUUCCUCCAUGUCUGCCUUCAUUGGUACUCCAUCUUAUAUCAAGUUCUUUGAUAACCCAGGUUCCACCAUUCAAGGUUUCAUUACCUCCUGUAUGGCUUUAGGUUCUUUCUUUGGUUCCAUUGCUUCCUCAUUUGUCUCCGAACCAUUCGGUAGAAGAUUUUCAUUGUUGGUUUGUUCAUUCUUCUGGAUGGUUGGUGCUGCUAUUCAGUCUUCUUCCCAAAAUCGUGCUCAAUUGAUCAUUGGUAGAUUAAUUUCUGGUAUUGGAGUCGGUUUCGGUUCUUCCGUUGCCCCAAUUUACGGUGCUGAAUUGGCUCCAAGAAAGAUUAGAGGUUUAAUUGGUGGUCUUUUCCAAUUCUCUGUUACCUUGGGUAUCUUAAUUAUGUUCUAUAUUUCUUAUGGUUUAGGUAAGAUUGACGGUGUUGCUUCAUUCAGAAUUGCUUGGGGUAUUCAAAUUGUUCCAGGUUUAGUUUUGUUUGUUGGUUGUUUCUUUAUUCCAGAAUCUCCACGUUGGUUAGCUAAGCAAGGUAACUGGGAAGAUGCUGAAUAUAUUGUUGCUAGAAUCCAAGCCAAGGGUGACAGAGAACACCCAGAUGUCUUGGUUGAAAUUGGUGAAAUUAAGGAACAACUUUUGAUUGAAGAAAGUGCCAAGUCUAUUGGUUACGCUACUUUAUUCAGAAAGAAGUAUAUCAGAAGAACUUUGACUGCUAUCUUUGCUCAAAUCUGGCAACAAUUAACUGGUAUGAACGUUAUGAUGUACUAUAUCGUUUAUAUUUUCCAAAUGGCUGGUUACUCUGGUAAUGCUAACUUGGUUGCUUCUUCCAUUCAAUACGUUUUAAACACUGGUACUACUGUUCCUGCCUUAUUCUUGUUUGAUAGAAUUGGUAGAAGACCAUUAUUGAUUGGUGGUGCUAUUUUCAUGAUGAUUUUCCAAUUCGGUGUUGCUGGUAUCUUAGCUACUUACUCCGUUCCAUGGCCAGAUUCAGGUAAUGAAUCCGUUACCAUUAGAAUCCCUGAAGAAAACAAGACUGCUUCCAGAGGUGUUAUUGCUUGUUGUUACUUGUUCGUCUGUUCCUUCGCUUCCUCGUGGGGUGUCGGUAUCUGGGUCUACUGUUCCGAAAUCUGGGGUGAUUCUAGAAUCUCCCAAAGAGGUAACGCUUUAUCUACUGCUGCUAACUGGAUUAUCAACUUCGCUAUUGCUAUGUACACUCCAUCUGGUUUCCAAAACAUUUCUUGGAAGACUUAUAUCAUUUACGGUGUUUUCUGUAUUGUUAUGGGUAUUCACGUCGUUGUUGGCUUCCCAGAAACCAGAGGUAAGAGAUUGGAAGAAAUCGGACAAAUGUGGGACGAAAAUGUUCCAGCUUGGAGAUCUUCCUCAUGGCAACCACAUAUUCCUGCUACUUCAGAUGCUGAAAUUGCCAGAAAAUUAUCUCUUGAACAUAAGGAAGAAGGUGAUUUGAUGGCUGAAACUAAUUCUGAUAACCAGGUUUAAAAGGUUUUAUGAUAUAUGUGAUGAUUCUUAAUUUUAUAUUUAGAUAUUAAUGUUUUAAUUUAAAAAUACUAUUAAUGAACCAA